CUACCUUUCCAAUUCAGCCGUUACAGAAAAAUAAAAAAAGUAAAAUAGAAAUCCCUCUCGCAUCUUCCCCUUCUUUGAUCACUCUUACACUCUUAGGGUUUUUCCCCCAAAUUUUCCCUCUAUUUUCUUCAAAUCUCUAGCCCUUAAAUAAAUUAAUUGACAACUACACUGAAUUAAUGGCAGAAGGCGGCGGGCCCAAUCCGGGUUCCGGGUCGAGGCCAAUGUCUUCAUUCGAGUCCGCCGGCGGCCGUCUUCGGUUCACGGUGGAACUGCGCCCUGGUGAGACGACAAUAGUUUCGUGGAAAAAGCUUCUCAGGGAAGCCACCUCGAGUAAGGUCAGUGGGUCUGGCCCAUCAGCCUCUUGCCCAUCUUCGGAAGCCUACCAGCAGCCGGUUUCUCAGCCACCGCUUCCGCCUCCUACGGUGGCUUCUUUGAAGCAGCCGGAAGAGAAUGAAGCAAAGGAUCCGCAAGGUCAGGCCGGGACAAACCGUUUGAGCACCGUGAUUGAGAAAAUCGAGCGAAUGUAUGCGGGUCAUGGAAGUAGUGAAGAGGAAGAUGUUCCUCUGGAUGAUGUGCCCGAUGAUGAUGAGUAUGAUACAGAGGAUUCCUUCAUUGAUGAUACUGAGUUGGACGACUAUUUCCAGGUUGAUAACUCGGCUAUAAAACAUGAUGGGUUUUUUGUUAAUCGUGGGAAGUUGGAGCGAAUGGAACCUACCAUAUCCACAAACCAACAGCCGAAGAAAAGGAGACGCAAAGAUGUUACAAAAGGUCAAGUUGGGAUGGACGAUGGGCAUAAUCCAAAUAAACAUGUGAAAAUAGGGAAUAAAGGUAGAAAAGCAUUAUCCUCGAAUGAAAGAAACUCAAUGAAUCAGUCACACAUAGUGGCCUUGCCAAGCGUACAUCGCUCAGAUCUGCUAUUUGAAGCUUCUCCUACAGAUGCUGCUGAAGUUUCACUGAAGAAGAAAACUGUUGAUACCCAAAUUAUGGUGGAUCCUUUAGGAUUAUCAAGUGUUGAUGGCAUUAGGCAGGAUAAGGAUGCUGACCAGCAGAGAACUCGAGUAAUCUCAUCACAGAACCAUAAUAACCACCGGAAAGAGAGCAGUGAACUUCAAGACGACACCUUAGCUCAGAGGCCCAAUGAUAAAAGCUCACAUGUAAGCAAAUCUCAUUCUGGGAAACAACUGAGUAAUGUCGAUGGGCUGGAUCAAGCUAUUCAAAGGAAAGAAAAAGGUGGACUUGUUGAAAGAUUUGACCUUAAUAUCCCUGCAAGCAGGGACUCUCAAAUUACGAAGGUACCCCUCAUGCCAAGAAAAGAAGGAUCUCACUUUAGACAGAAAAUUGCAAUGCUCGACAAGGCCAUUAGAGAGUUAGAGAAGAUAGUUGCAGAAUCUAGACCACCUUCAACAGAGGUUCAGGAUCCUGAUAAUUCUUCUCAGGCAGUCAAAAGAAGAUUGCCACCAGAAAUAAAGCAGAAGCUGGCUAAAGUUGCUAGAUUAGCGCAAGCCAGCUAUGGGAAAAUACCAAAGGAUGUAAUCAGUCGUCUGAUGAGCAUUUUAGGCCACUUAAUGCAACUUAGGACACUGAAGAGAAAUCUUAAAGUCAUGGCUAAUUUAGGAUUGUCAGCUAAACAAGAGAAGGAUGAUCGACUGCAGAAGAUAAAACAAGAAAUUGCGGAGAUGGUUAAACAGCGGAUUCCAUAUAUUAAUUCCAAAGUGGAGCACCAAACUACAAAUUCAGACAAUUUCCAAGAAGCAGGUGCCCAAGGCAAAGACACAUUCAGACAAAAAUACAGCAUGGAUGAUGUUUUGGAAAAUAAGAUUUGCGACUUAUAUGACCUUUAUGUUGAGAAACUUGAAGAAGAUUUAGGGCCGCCGGUCAGAAGGCUGUAUGAAGAGCUUGCAGCAUUGUGGCCAAGUGGAGUCAUGGACACUGAUGGAAUUAAACGAGCAAUAUAUAAAUCAAAAGAUAGGAGGAGGGCUUUAUCUGGCCGACGGAAGGAUCAAGAGAAGAUGAAGAAGAAGAUGUUAGCACCAAAAACAGAGAAUACUACUAGGGGGGAAGCUGUUAGUGUUAAUCCGGCAUUGCCUGUUCAUGAAAAAUUGUUGGCUGGGUCCUGCGACCAGGCUUUGCCUUUGACGAGCAAGCCAGUUCUGAGUGCUGCCGUAUCUCCAGCAGCUCGUAUGCCCGUUCCCCUUGCAAACUCCCAAAACGUGGACAAGCUGAAGCAUGAAAGAUUGAAGGGGAGUUCCAGUAGCAAUCCUGUUGAUGCUGUGUCAACGGAUGUAUUGCCCAAAAAGAAAGUAAAAAGGAAGCCUAAUUCAGAGAUUGUUGAAGCUCAGUACCGCCUUGACAAGCUUGAGGUUUCGCAGGUGGAAGAAAGGCAUAGACACCAUAAGCAUAUGGCUGUUCCUCUCCCUAAAUCAGACCUUCAGCCUGCUGCACCUUCAGGCUCUGAGAACUUGAGUUGACAUGAUGGCGAAUUAGGUUCUACCAUCUAUAUAUUUAAUAGCACAGCUAUUUCUCUUGAUUUUCUUCCUUACAUUUCAUUUUUGUUUGUAACUCAUCUAAGAACAGUGAUUUUGUAAUCAUUGUCGGGUCUAACAUGGUCAACAGCUGACAUGAAGUCUUAUAUUAGGAGUAGGCUAGCUGAAGAGCUCCUGGCCUCCACUAUUCAGCGUUUUUGCUAGAAGUCGAGCUUAAUGUAUAUAAUAGUGGAUUACCUCACUUGUAUUGAGAUGGGUCACUGCAUGUAAUGAAUGACCCGUUCUGUCUUUAACCCCAUCAGCUGUUGCAUUGUAAUUAAAAGGUGAUUCAGA